CUAUUCCUAGUCUGUGCGUUUCUGAAGACCCCAGGGUGAAGGGCUGCAAGGAUUAAGCUCUCCCAGAGUAUCUCCAGAGUGCAGAUCCCUUGGCUGCCAGGUCAUGUUCUCUGUUCCUCUCAACUGUUUUCCCGACCAUAUAAGGGGAGGCAGCUGCUGGGGGCGUCCCCAGGAUCUAAAGAUAGCGGCCCCUGCCUGGAACUCUAAAUGCCACCCUGGAGCGGGAGCCGCAAUGGCACGGCAGCACGCCCGGACCCUGUGGUAUGACAGACCCAAGUAUGUGUUCAUGGAGUUUUGUGUUGAGGACAGCACCGAUGUCCACGUGCUUAUUGAGGAUCACCGCAUUGUGUUCAGCUGCAAGAAUGACGAUGGAGUGGAGUUGUACAAUGAGAUUGAGUUCUAUGCCAAAGUGAACUCCAAGGACUCCCAGGAUAAGCGCUCUUCCCGCUCUAUUACUUGCUUUGUGAGGAAAUGGAAGGAAAAGGUGGCCUGGCCCCGGCUUACCAAGGAGGAUAUCAAGCCAGUGUGGCUGUCUGUGGACUUUGAUAACUGGAGAGACUGGGAAGGGGAUGAAGAGGUGGAGCUGGCUCAGGUGGAACAUUAUGCAGAGCUUUUGCAGAAGGUCAGCACCAAGAGACCUCCACCUGCCAUGGAUGAUUUGGACGAUGAUUCUGACAGUGUGGACGCAACAAGUAAUUAACUUUCUACUACAGCAAAGCUGGGAAGGCGGCUGUGGCUAUUUUCCAGUUGCUCUGGAAAGCUAGCGCCUAGGCCUUUGUCAGCGCUUUGGCUGUGCACCAAGUUCCUCUGACACCUCUGAACUUUCCUAGAAGCUCUUUAUUAAGGGUCAUCCUUCAAGCUUGUCUUCCUUCUAGGCACUUGAGUAUGGCCUCACAUCAGAUGCAGGGUCAGGGAGGGGUAGACUGGUAGGGCUUCGGAUUUCUUACUGAUUGGUUUAUAAUCUCUGUGUUUAGGCCACUUGAUUAUUUGAGUAUGUGUGUGUAUGUGGUAAAACAAAAGCCGAAGAAGAAUGGAGAUUAUAGAAAUCUCUAUUAUGUGUGCAUAUGGGGCAAAGCAAAAAGCCAAAGAAGAAACAGAUUAUAAUAAAUCUCUAGGAACUGUU